CCUUCCGUUAUCUUCGUCUUCCUCCUCGGCUUCUUUUCUUCUUCUUUCCCCUUCUCCAAGCAUCGCCGCGAACCUCUCUGCUGCCCCCGCCAAAUAGCAUUGCUCACGCACCCGCCCGCACCCGCUCCAAUCCCCAUUGCCACGCCUAAACCCUAAACCUCACCCGCGAUGGCACUCUCCGCGGCGUCCAGGCUGUCGCGCGCCGCGCGGGCCGCCGCGGCCGCCCGCCGCCUAGCCAACGGCAGCGGCCGAGAUCCCCUCCCUCGCGCACUUGGGCCGCUCGCCGGGGAUGCCUCCUCCUUCUCCGCCGCCGCCAAGGCCAGGAGGCCACCGUGGCUCGCUCCUCCCAUGGCCAGGCUCCCGACGUGGAGCGGGGAUGGCCUCCUGGUGCCGCCUCGCCGCCUUUUCCACUCCACGCCGCCGUCUCGUUACAGCGCCGCGGGCACCUCGUCCUCUUCUCAGAUAUCUCCAGGGGAAUUCACGGAGAUGGCCUGGGAGGGGGUUGUCGGUGCAGUUGAGGCAGCAAGAUUGUCGAAGCAACAGAUCGUGGAAUCAGAGCACUUGAUGAAAGCUCUUCUUGAGCAGAAGGAUGGUUUAGCACGCAGAAUAUUUUCAAAAGCUGGGUUAGACAACACAUCGGUCCUACAAGCUACCGAUGAUUUUAUUUCUAGACAACCGAAGGUUGGUGGUGAUACAAGUGGGCCAAUUGUAGGGCCAAAUUUCACAUUGAUUUUGGAUAAUGCAAGGAAGCAUAAGAAAGAGUAUGGUGAUGAAUUUGUAUCAGUUGAGCACAUAUUGCGUGCAUUCACAUCAGAUAAGAGGUUUGGGCAACAGUUAUUCAGAGAUCUCAAAAUUAGUGAGAAUGAGCUGAAGGAAGCUAUUUCUGCUAUACGUGGCAGCCAGCGAGUUACAGAUCAAAACCCAGAAGGGAAGUUCCAAGCUCUAGAGAAGUAUGGUAUUGACAUGACGGAAUUAGCUCGACGUGGAAAACUUGAUCCUGUUAUAGGCCGUGAUGAUGAAGUGCGCCGAUGCAUUCAGAUCCUUUGUAGAAGAACUAAGAACAAUCCUGUAAUCAUUGGUGAACCGGGAGUUGGCAAAACUGCAAUUGCUGAAGCAUUGGCUCAGCGCAUUGUGCGGGGAGAUGUUCCUGAACCUUUGCAGAAUAGAAAGCUUAUUUCAUUGGAUAUGGGAGCUUUACUUGCUGGUUCCAAAUACCGUGGUGAAUUUGAAGAGAGGCUUAAGGCUGUUCUGAAGGAGGUCACUGCUUCUAAUGGGCAGAUCAUCUUGUUCAUUGAUGAGAUCCACACUGUUGUUGGUGCUGGAGCCAUGGGUGGGGCCAUGGAUGCUGGUAACCUGCUGAAACCAAUGUUAGGCCGUGGGGAACUCCGUUGCAUUGGCGCAACGACAUUAGAUGAAUACAGGAAGUACAUCGAGAAGGAUGCUGCUCUUGAGCGUAGGUUCCAGCAGGUUUACUGUGGUGAGCCAGCAGUUCAGGAUACAAUUUCUAUAUUGAGGGGCCUGCGAGAGAGGUAUGAGCUGCAUCAUGGUGUGAAGAUAUCAGAUGGGGCUCUUGUGGCUGCAGCUGUUUUAUCAGAUCGCUACAUCACUGGACGCUUUUUGCCGGACAAAGCUAUUGAUCUAGUUGACGAAGCAGCAGCUAAGCUAAAAAUGGAGAUUACAUCAAAGCCUAUUGAGUUGGACGAGGUAGAUAGAGAAAUCAUGAGGUUUGAAAUGGAGAAGCUAUCAUUGAAGAAUGAUACUGGCAAAGCAUCCAAAGAACGACUAAGCAAGCUUGAAGCUGAACUAGAAUCACUUAAGCAGAAGCAGAAAAAUCUUUCAGAACAUUGGGAGUAUGAGAAAUCCUUGAUGACCCGUAUAAAAUCAGUCAAGGAAGAGAUUGACAGAGUUAACCUGGAGAUUGAAGCUGCCGAGAGAGAAUAUGACUUGAGCCGUGCUGCUGAACUCAAGUACGGAACACUUCUGUCACUGCAAAAACAGCUGGAUGAGGCUGACAAAAAGCUUGCUGAAUUCCAGCAGUCAGGAAAGUCGAUGCUUCGAGAAGAGGUGACUGACGUUGAUAUUGCUGAGAUUGUUAGCAAGUGGACUGGUAUUCCAGUGUCAAAUCUUCAACAAUCUGAUAGGGAAAAGCUACUGCUAUUGGAGGAUGUACUUCAUAAGAGGGUCAUCGGCCAAGAUAUUGCAGUCAAAUCAGUAGCCAAUGCUAUCCGUCGUUCUAGGGCGGGACUAUCGGACCCAAACCGUCCAAUAGCAAGCUUCAUGUUUAUGGGUCCUACAGGUGUGGGCAAAACCGAGCUGGGGAAGACCCUAGCUGAAUUCCUUUUCAACACUGAGAAUGCUCUAAUACGGAUUGAUAUGAGUGAAUACAUGGAAAAGCAUGCUGUCUCCCGCUUAGUUGGAGCACCGCCUGGGUACGUUGGUUAUGAGGAAGGGGGCCAACUGAGUGAAGCUGUUCGCCGCAGGCCUUACUCGGUUGUUUUGUUUGAUGAAAUUGAGAAAGCACACCAAGAUGUUUUCAACAUCUUGUUGCAGCUGUUAGACGACGGAAGAAUAACUGAUUCCCAGGGCAGAACAGUGAGCUUCACUAACUGUGUCAUCAUCAUGACCUCGAACAUCGGAUCACCGUUGAUUCUAGACACACUCAGAAACACAACGGACAGCAAGGAUGCAGUGUAUGAGGUAAUGAAGAAGCAGGUGACUGAGAUAGCUCGGCAGACAUUCCGGCCAGAGUUCCUGAACAGGAUAGAUGAAUACAUUGUGUUUCAACCACUGGACUCCACAGAGAUAAAUCGCAUUGUGGAGAUACAGCUGGAUCGUGUCAAGAACCGGUUGAUGCAACAGAAGAUUCAUCUUCAGUACAUGCCAGAAGCCGUGGAGCAUCUUGGCUCUCUUGGUUUUGACCCUAACUAUGGCGCUAGGCCUGUCAAGAGGGUGAUCCAACAGAUGGUGGAGAAUGAAAUUGCCCUCGGCGUCCUGAAAGGCGAUUUCAAGGAAGAUGACACUGUCAUCGUGGAUGUCAGUUCAGUGCCGAUCGCUAAAGGUCUUGCCCCGAAGAAGCAACUGGUCCUCCAGAGGUUAGAAAGUGGAAGCUCAGAGCUGGUUGCCAAUGACUGAACCACGAGCGCUUUUGCAUGUAUUUCUUAGAGGUUCGAGGUUCAUCUAAUGAGAACCUUUCACCAGGAAAUGCAUGCAUCAGAAGCUGCAGAUCAACCUGGAAUGUGGAAUUGCAAAAUAUGCACCAGAAUCUGCUCUGUAAAUUAGUAGUACUAGUAGUUUCUGUUGCGUAGCAAUUACCAUUGUCUCGUUAAUUUGGCUUGUGUGAACAUCCUGUUUGGAUCGGGCCAGAUGAUCUAUAGCCUACAGGAAAAGAAAAAUAGCAAAUCCACUGGUUCCAAGAGAUCUUUGACUAAUUUCGCCAUCCAGGAUCCACGCAAUCUUACACAUCAUCAUUUACUUCACUAUCCAAGUCAUCCGACACAUUAGCAUGUACUCCACUUCACCUAAUGGACAAAAGAGUAAUGUCAUGUUCCUUUCUUGUUUCUCAA